AUGACGACGAUGGAGAAACCGCGCCUCCCUACGGUCGCAACGGCUUGGUUGCUUUUGACAGCACCUGUUGUGUUGCUUGAUGCUGUUUUUGUCCUUAACCGCCCUAAAACACCUGAUACACCACACCCUUUAGGCGAAUUAGUUUUAUUUCAGCCGUGGACGGUUUACGCCACUUACGACCGACGUUACGCCCCGAAUGAAGAUGCCUUCGUUGUGGCGCAGAGUUGGAUGAAUUUGUUGGAAGUCACUCUUGGCUUACUUGCCCUCCUUCUUUCCUUUAGCGGGUACUGGAAGUCGGCUAUCAAGUUGGCAGCGGUCGUUAGCGUUAUGACUUUCAGUAAAACUCUGCUGUACUUCGUGAUGGAUUUCGUGGAGGGUGGGGAAUACACGAGGCAUAUCGGCUAUUUGGAUAAGUUACUGAUGGUUCUUUUGCCGAGCUCGGUGUGGAUAAUUGCGCCAUUUUUCACUGCGAUCCGAUGUUUACAAUCCCUUUCCCAGGCAGGCUCCCCUGGUUCGGGAGACAACUCGCCAAAAAAGAGAAAAAAUAAAUAA